GUGUGUGUGUGUGUGUGGGUGGGUGGGUGGGUAUGGGUUAUUUACAUCGUGGUGUCAGUGCUAGCUGCUGACACGUGCCGCUGUUUUCCCUCUUUGUCCUGCUUCACACCUUCUCUGGCUUCCAUGAUCUCUGCCUGCAGGAUGAGGAGCUGACUGACUGUUUUACUGACUGACUGUUUCCUCAACAUUUACUCCCCUCCAGCUCUUUUCUUCAUCAUCUAUUCAUCGCGUUGCGCUGCAGGAGGAGUCUCAGCCUCUUUUAUGCGUCUUUUCGAGGCACAAUGACCGGAUUACCGUUGGCGGUGUAGCUGCCCGCCGCGACAUCUGCCCACCUGGGAAAGCCGGGGGAUGAAGCAUCUUGUCCGGGCUUCCUUUCGGGCUCCGGCCGGGCUGCUUUGUUUUGGAUGACGCGCGCAGGGAUCCUCGUUGUCUCUUGGUUGCACCCUCAUUUGGAAACCCCCCAUCCCAUCCGGAGAUCCAUGCCCCGGUUUCUGUGCCACUACCAUCAUCAUCAUGUCCCCAGCAUCGGCUGCCACCGCCAGUGAGAGCAGCACCAGCGCCACCGUGCCCGAGGACGAGGAGCCGGAGAGCCCCAGAGAGGAGGUGAGGACACAUUGUUUACAGUUUAUUGGCUAAUUUUCUGCAGACAGACAUGAAUUAGAGAUGUCCUAUUUCCCCGAUUACAGCGGAAUCCCCCGAUCUCUCUGUAUUAAUCAGACUCCAGGCUGAAUAUGGACGAAGGGCUUUGGAAUUAAACCUGAUUUAUUAUGUAAUCAAAGUCUGUUUAUUACCCUAUUGUGCACGCUAAAUGGAUGAAAGUGAGCGUUCAAGCGCGCACUCGACAGCGUGAACGAGCCUGGGUUUACUUCUGUUUGUCUCCCCUCCAGACAAGUGUUUCCCAACAUGGAGUUUAGUAGGGGUGGGAGAAAAAAUCGGUUCACAUAAGUACCGCGAUUUUUUGUUUUACAAUUUUUAAAUCGAUUUUUAUGUUCAAAGAUAGUUUUUUCUCAAAUUUAAGAAUAAAGAUCCUUACACACCGGAACGACGCAAAUAUACAACACGAAAUUACAAAAUAUUCGAAGGCAAAUUUUGACGCGCCUGACUAUACACAUCGAGCGCGAUGCGAUUUUGCGUCUCUCCGGGGAAAAAAAGACGCGGGAAGACUGACAGAACAGCAGACUGAAGGUCCUUUUACACCGGGACCGUUUUUUUUCGUGCGAUUAUUUUGGAUGUCAGUAUUUUUUUUAACCCGUAUCCCGUCAAUACAAGCGUUCACAUCAGCGACGUUUUCCCAUCCAGCGAUAUUGCGACAUUUAUUUUUUUGGAUCACGGUUGAUUUUUCUAAAGUUUUGCAUACUGUGUGUCCACUUCUGACCAAUCAGAUUGCGUGUUGUUGCGACGUCAGAUUCACCGGUAUAUCCAACAUGGCUGACCAGCUGUUUGUUUAAGUGUCAGAGAACAGAGUGAUUUUUGAUAAAAACACAAACAUUACAAAGAUAACGACCUGAAGGAUAGUGUGUGUGCUUUAACAGUUUGCUAAACGUCUUUGUUUUAAAGUUCAUUUAUUUCAUAAUUUCACGUCAUAUAUUUGUGUCAUUCCCGGUAUCACUAAUAACUAAAGAGUGAUUGAUCAGUGGAUAUGCUCAGCUUCCCUGUUUUACAACAAUAAGUACAUUUUACACACAUACUGUAUAAAAGCUAACCGACUUCUGAACAGGGAGUCCUCUCAGAGAUUCAGCCUCAUUUGCUCCUGAAGCUCUGGUGUCUGUGACAUGGCAACGUGUCUGCUCCAGGGAGGAGGGGGAGGGGAGAGACGGCGCCGCAGCGGUGUUAUGUUUUGAUUGUGGACUAGGGUUCUCUUUUUACAUAUCGCAUCUCUAAAUCUGUGUGUAAUCAUACCUCAAAAAUGAUAAAGGUGACUUAACCUUACAUGAUUUUUUUACUUUAUUCUUUACCACGACUGUGUCAACUGAGAGGCAGCUUUAAAUCCACAGUUAGUCAUUCUUCUGUGAUUAGAUGAUUAUUAAUGAUAUGAGAAAGUACCACAGCAGCGCCUCUGUCAAGCGUUCACCAUAAAAGUCUACCUGGUUUGAAUCAGGCAGAAAUUACAUGAGUUAAUUGGGUCUAAGCUUUUUUAAACCUGAUGUAUUUAAUCUUAUAUAAGUCAUUUGAUUAUUUUUAAAACUGAAAUUUUCAUAUUUUUCCAUUUUUUCUUGCAUUUCCAAGAAUAACAGGUUACCAAAUCCUGCACCAUUACCUGAUUAACGUCAAUAUUCUUGAAAAAUAAAUAGACAAUUAGAAAAAUUAAACAAACCAGGUCAGAUAUACAAAUAUAAUGUGGAACUUUAAUGCUUUUCCUCACCUAGAAAUUAAUCAGUCAGUUAAUUUUAAUACCGAAAGCUCAGAGUAGCUUCUCAACAUAUUUUCGUUUUUUUCUGCUUGUCUCAAAUGCAAGAACGUCAUUUUUAAACUAUGACAAAUAUGUGCGGUAUUUCACAGGACACCUGAUGCAGAUAAGAGACACUCCUUUUCCUACUGUAAAAAAAAACCCUAACAUCACUGUGUUUGUGUUUUUCGUCACGUCCCUCUUUUUCAUGAGCCUCACAAACACAAAGAGCUCGGUUUGAUACAGAGUUUGGGGGGUUUCUGAAUUAUAAUCACAUUGAUUGUUGUGGUGAAGCGUGUGCAGGAUGUGACUGAGUAAAUCAUCUUCCUGCAGAAGGUUUAUCUCAAUAGGGAAUUUCAGCGUUAAUCCCUUUUUACCCCGCAGGGUGCAGCCUUGGGUAGGUGAGGGACUUUGGGACCAUGUGACCAAGGUGCUGCAGAUAAUUAUGGGGAGAGCACAUUUAUUAUUUACGCUCAUGUGUCACUUGAACAGCACAGAGCUGACAAACUGAAUCCAAAACAUCAGUGGAAGAUGCUGGUUGUUUUAAUACUGUACAUGCAGAGAUAAAGAGGAAACAUUAGUUCUCGUUACAGUGACUCAGUGCGGCUGGAUUUCUCUCUCAAACGGUUUAUGCCUGUAUGUGAAAAUCUCUACCCUGGUGCAAUGUCUCAUAUGCUAAUUUUUUGAAUGAAUUUUCUCAUAAUAAAUCCUUUUGGGGGCUUUUGAACCUCUGCCAGGUUUGUGUGGCAGCGCUCCAAAAUGCAGCCGCUCAGGCUCGCUGUGCCCCGUGGUGACAAAAGGAUGGCACCAGCUUUAAGCUGCCAGAGUCAAAUGACAACCUUUUUUUUUCUGCUUGGCUUGUUAUUAAAAGUGAAACCUACCCCUCAGUAUAUAUCUGUUCUUUCCUGAUGUCAUAUUUAUAUGAAAACUUGCACUAAAGUCGUGUGAACACUUACAGUCACAGUCAGUGAACAGUCUUUUUACCGACAAUAGGACGUCUACUCCCCGCACUUUUAUGUAAAUGACAUAUUUCUGUCGUAUUUCAGUCAGAAAAGUGGUCGAGUCUUUUGAUUAUAACGAGAACAGACCAGGACAUAAGAAAUUGGCUCACAGCUCAUGCAUAAACUAUGCAGAAGCACUUACAACACAGAAUAUUUCCCUCAAUAUUUCAUAUGCAUGAGCCAGUACUUUUUAAGUUUCAAACUUUAUACUGAACAGAGAUUUAGGUCAGACUUAUGCUUAUCCAUUAAAUUACAGUCUAAUAGUCUGUGAUACCCAAUCAAAAUCCCUGAUUGUUUGUGACAAUUAUAUCUUAAAUAUUAAAGUGUCCUGUUAAAAAUGUACCCAGAUUGGAACUUUGUUUGAUAACUGCCUUGUAGAAGAGUUUAUGUUGUGUAUAUCAGUGGUUCUCAACUGGUGGGUCCCGACCCAAAAGUAGGUCGCGGACAUGUUCUGGAUGGGUCACGAACAGCUGGUCAAAAAAGUAAAUAUUUAAUGUGAUAUUUAUUAGAUAUUUGAUAUUUUCUGUAUAAGUAACUUCAGUAGUUGUCAUCCUCAUGUUGUUUCCUUCAUGUGCUCUGAAAUACACUUUAAUCAAUACAACAAGUGGAUUUAUGUUAAAGAUUAGAGUCUUUAAAGUUUUAUUUUAUGUAUAAAAAAUAAACUUGCUUGGUUUGAAUUCUAUAAAAGUGGGUCAUGACUGAAGGACCAUGGGAAAAUGUGGUUCCCAGAGUGAGACCAGUUGAGAACCAUUGGUAUAUAUGUUGUUGUUUAGUGUUCAUAUUAAUCUAUCUUUAUCUUGUUUACAGCAGCGCCCUCACAAACAGUCCCUCUCCAAGUCCUUGUGUCAGGAGACUCACUGGAAAUGCCUGCUGCUCUCCCUGCUCAUGUACAGCUGCGUCGGGGUGAUGGCGUGGUGCCAGGUGACCAAGGUCACUCGCCUCUCCUUCGACAGCGCUUACAAAGGAAAGUCAAUGAUGUACCACGACAGCCCCUGCGCCAACGGCUACAUCUACAUCCCUUUGGCGUUCCUGGUCAUGCUCUACGUGGUCUACCUGGUGGAGUGUUGGCACUGCCACACGAGGAACGAUCUGCAGUACAAGGUGGACGUGGAGAGCGUGGCAGAGCGGAUCCAGAGAAUGCAGCAGGCGACACCCUGCAUCUGGUGGAAAGCCAUCAGCUACCAUUACGUCAGGAGGACACGGCAGGUGACCCGCUAUCGUAACGGAGACGCUUACACCACCACACAGGUGUACCACGAGCGGGUCAACACCCACGUGGCAGAGGCUGAGUUUGACUACGGGAACUGUGGGGUCAAAGAUAUCUCCAAGAACCUCCAAGGUCUGGAAGGCUUUCCCAUCACCAGGCUGAGGUUCACCAAGUGCUUUAGCUUCGCCAACGUGGAGUCAGAGAACUCCUACCUGACCCAGCGAGCUCGCUUCUUCACAGAAAACGAGGGCUUGGAUGACUACAUGGAGGCCCGGGAAGGGAUGCACCUGAAGAAUGUAGACUUUAAGGAGUACAUGAUUGCCUUUUCUGACCCCGAUCACCUCCCCUGGUAUGCACAGAACUCCACUUUCUGGGCGGCGGCAGCUUUCACCCUCUCCUGGCCUCUGCGGGUGCUGAUGGAGUAUCACGCCGCCUGUGCGCACUAUCACGUCGAGAAGUUGUUUGGCUUCGAUUACGUGCCAGCAACACCUUCUGAAGAGCGGCCAUAUUGCAGACACAUCCCUCGAGUCAACACAAUUGACAGCACAGAGCUGGAGUGGCACAUCCGCUCCAACCAGCAGCUGGUGCCCAGUUACUCUGAGGCGGUGCUCAUGGACCUGGCCCAGCUCUCUGGGAGCUGCAACAGCUACUCUGUCUGCGGAGGCUACGGCAGCUACAGGCAGAACUGUGAACGCUGCCACCGAGCCAUCAGCAGCUCCUCCAUCUUCUCUCGGAGCGCCCUGAGCAUCUGCAACACGGGGAGCCCUCGCAUCCCCUUCAGCGCGAGCCGCUUCUCGCUGGGUCGGCUGUACGGCUCCAGGCGGAGCUGCCUGUGGAGGAGCAGCGGGAGUCUGAAUGAGCAGUCCUGCCCCACAGAGAGCACGCGCUGUCUGUCAGGAAAUCAGAACAGUGAGGAGAACCCUCCAGCCUACCAGGACGCUCUGUACUUCCCCGUCCUUAUUGUACAUCGCAAUGAAGGCUGCCUCAACCACGACCAUCGCUCCCUGCACAGAAACGGCUCCUGUGUGGAGACGUCUCUAUGACCCGCAGACGUCUCUGAGGACCAGAAUAACUCAUGCUUCUCCCUCAGGCAUGGAGGUAACUCAGUCACCAACCAUUAGCAGGGGUUCGCUCAAAUCUCUUGAGUUUCUGUAGCUUCAAACCGGGUCAGGAAACAAUGUAAAUCUGGAAAGUCCUUACAGUAAAGUCAAAAGGUCAUGAUGCUACUGCUGCUGAAAAUUAAAUGCAGCUUUGGACGGACAAAAUUGCCAAAAAUCGACGUACUGUCUUUCAGCAUUUAUAAGGACAGGGCGAAAAUAACCAGGAGGGCUUACACCCGACUGUAAAUGCCAUAUUUGUAGAUCUUAGUCACAAACCAUUUACAAGGAUGAGCAACACUGAGAAGUGUUUGAAGCCUGAUUCGAGUUUUGACUCAGCAGUAGCCUAAAAGGACAGUGACUCAUGUAAAUGAUAGGGGCAGCCUCGUUUCAAAGCGUCAUUAGCGAGGCUAAAUGGAUUUAUCCGGUCUCAUGGUUCUCAUAAAGCAAAGAAGACUUCCCAAACUGAAAUCUGAAACAUCUGCAUGAGAAAGUUUUGAUACCGGCUCGUUCAGAUCUCUCCGUUCAAAGUCAAAGCUCCUGGAAAGUCGUACAAAAAAGGGGAUUUAUUCUCAUGCUAUAAAAAUAAGAGUCUCCUGCAGAUGCUGAACUAUCAAGUAAGCAGAAAUCGGCUUGAUUGCGGUGACAUUACACUCCCCGGCUUUCUAAAUAUAGCAGCACAGUCAAUGAAUAAUUUAGUACCUGGUGGGCGAAAGGACACGGGAACUUCAAACCGAAUCAACAACACGUCUACAAUCUGGUUUUUAAUUCAUGCUGAGCCCAAAUUUUGUAUAAUGGGCCAUUUAAAAACGCCACAGUCAUUAGUAAACGAGCUAAACUCAAAGAUUCAUCUAAUUUCAUUUUGGGCAAUAUCUGUAAUCAGCCUACCUCCUUAUUUAAGUGCCUAGCAUUCAACUGUUACUGACUAAUGUAAGCUACUUUUAACACAAGUCAUCUCAUCCAAACAGCCUGAAUCAUCACUAGCAGACCUAGGACUAUCAUUGUUCUUAUUAUUGUUAAAAUUACACUUUUGAGAGUACGACCCCAGACUGUUUCCCCCUCAUAUUACAGCACAGCUCAUAAGUAAGGCCAGCUGAAGCUGCUGCUGCCGCUGCUGAUGCGUAUCAGAGAGACAGCCAGAGCUUGGCAUCCACAGAACUGCAAAUAGGCAGAGGCCUGGAAUAACUACUGAUAGUGUCACAUUAAAUAAUAUGUCAGGGUUACUUUAAAGAACUAGAAUAAAAAAAAAAUACUUCCUCUCAAAUGACUGCAUGCAGUAUCUUGGUCAUGGUGAAUUUUACAUCACAGUCAGAGCAGCGCAGAACAAAUGAUGAGAACUGCCACAAGAUUUUAAAGUUUAUAAUGAAAAACUUUUAACAAUGUCACAAACUUGAGCUGUAAAAUCAGAGAUCACACUUUUAUUCAUCCUGAACGGUCUUCUUAAAGGGACAGAAGAGACACUGACUGCAUUUAAGAGGAUGUACUUAUGCAAAAAUCUGACUCCACCUAACGAGACCUGCAGGAAAAUAUCAACUAGUACUGAUUUUUUUAUCAUGAAACUCAUAAAACCACUCAGACGUGUGAGAGCAGUUAAUGUCUGAAAGGCCUGUGCAGGAAAAUGGGACCAGAUAGCCAUGCUCAGUACAUUCCACAUGUUGGGUUUGGAGUAAAAAAAACCGAGCAUGAUAAAGCCAGAGAUCCUGUCAAAACUCAGAUUUCAUUGUGAAUCUUCUUCACUUCACUUACUCCUCCUAUGCAAGCCCCCAGAUCUCAGGACGGAGGCUGGUCUGGCUUUAGCUUUCACUCUGAAACGGUUCGAUUUACUCUGUGCAAACACCGGUGUGUUAAGAAGACAAGCUGUAACUGUAAAGCUGGGAUGUGCUGCACUGUUCUUCACUGAUCUGCUCUCAGUAUGUUCUACUGGGGGCUAAAACACCGCUGCAUGUCGUAGCCCAGUAUUUACUAAACAAACAGAAGUCUGGUUUAACACUUCACACGACUCUUAAAGGUGGGGUAGGCAGGGUCUGAGGAAGUUCCAGUUUUUAGGAGAAAUCUUGAAUGUAAACUCUACCCCUCCCAACCAGUUUUCCCCUCAGCUCCUCCUCUCCCUCAAGCCCCGCCCACAAACAGACGCUCCUGCUCGCUCGUAUCGUUCCAAUUAAAUUCAGAUAUAAUGCAGAUAAAUACUUCAGAUCAUUACAAAUGGGGCCCAGUCAGGGUGAAAGUCAAAAGCAUUGGUGCUACUUAUCAGAAAGAGACUACCAGCAAACACAAUGUUUGCAGGACUUCUACAACGAGGAUAAAGUGACAUAGUCCAGGACCCGAGGGAGGACAGUUUAGCGAUGGCGCUACAACACGCUACAGCAGGUCCGUUUGACAAGAAACACUUCUGUUACAGACACUUGUCUUACUUUGUUAAAGCGGUUUACCUGUCCAGCAGAAAGGUUACAGGGUCACCAAGAUCCCCAAGCGUCCCCCAUCGUUUAUGUUGACCCGGCUUUUUAGCUCUUGUCCGGUCUACCUCCGUUUUAAGCGCCCGUUAUUCCUCCAGAGUCUCCACUAUUUACUUUGUUUUCUUGCUUGUGUCGGCAGUCGUGGCCAAAGGAGGAUUCAGACAAUUUUCCGAACUUUCUGGUUGGUUUCUACUGUCCGAUAUUGUAGCACGCUAACUUUGUUUGGGCUCCUGAACGACACGGGGGAGCAGCGUCUGCCUCACAACCAAUCAGGUUAGAGGAGGUGGAGAACGGCUUUGUUUACAGUCAGAAAGAGCGGACCGCUCAAAAAUGUUCAAAUGUUGACGACACAGACAUAAGAGAACACAGAGAUAUUGAUAUAUUAGCAAAUGUCAUCAAUAACUAAUAACUAUUGACUGAUAUUCAGAGAUAUUUUGUAAAUACACCACAAAAAAAGAUGCUUCUUUAACGGACUCCUGCCUACCCCACCUUUAACAGGAACAUAAACGUGUAUUUACAGUCAUGUCCAAAUAUCCCUUUAAUGCGUUUCAACCGAGAAACCUUUCAGUGCAACGAGAAGCAGCUCUUUAGUUUCUGACUAGACACCAAAUAAAACAGGGAAUUUAUUUCUGUUAUCAUUCCUAACUCUGGAAUCAUGUCCCAGCAUGCUUUGGUUUGUCGUGUCCUGUGGAUGAUCUUUGGGUCGAACUAGAAAAUCACUAGAAAUCAGCGAGGAAGAUCGCCUGAAAUAGUGAACUAACUUUUGAUUUUGAUCAAUGUUUUAAAUGAAGUCAUCAGAAUUUCUCAUUCAUUGUUUGCCAACAAGCCUCUCCGAUGGCUUCACUGUGAUAUUCAUACAUGGCCAUAUAUGUGUAAGAAUAGGAAAAUCUGUUUACCAGUGAAAUGUUUACGUAGCAGCAGGGAGAGAAGAAUCUAAAUCUGGGAUGAUAUUAAAAAAAUGACAAAUCAGAGUGGACGGGUCUGAAGGAGAGGUGACUGUUAACAUUUAGCCAUGCUGAGCACUAAACCCUUUAUAUCAUGUGUUUGAAGUAGAUUAGGUUAUACUGUGUUAUACGGGGGUUUGUCUCUUUGUACUUUUAUGAUUUAGAGGAUUUCAAGACUGUAGGGCAGAAAUGAUUCGUACUGUAAAUAAAUAGAGAUGAGGCGUUAGAGCGGCUGUAGAUCUUGUUCUUGGUUAGAUGUGUCACAAACACCUUGGAGGUGACUAAAGCAGGGACUUUUUUGAUGUGAAGAUGUUAAAUGGUGCGUGUGACUGUCAGAAGCAGCAAUAUAAUCUGUUUAAAAACACGACGACAGCAUAUUUGUGCUGCUGCUUUUUCUGUUCAAAGCCAUUUUUACAUUUCCAGAAUGAUAUUUAUUACACCCUUUACUCCACUGUUAUGUGACUGAUUUAAAAUGAGGGGCUUACACACAUCCACAUCUCUGUAGGGGAUUACUGAUAGUUAUUUAAGAUCCUCUGUAAUUAGACUGCUCUGUGUUACACCAUCUACAAUUACGUUUUUUGCCGAUCUUUGUAUGUCUAGGAAGAAAAAAAGAAGCAAUUUUGCAAGUUAAAUUUUUGAAAAUAUGAGAUUGUUCAUACUUAAAAUUGUUUUACAAGGAUAUUACAAUCUUGAACUUCUUUAGUUUUAGCCAGUAGGUAGAGAUUAAAAAGUCUGUAUGUGCUCCAACACUACCACAAAGUUGCCUUGUUGUACCAUAAGGACUGAAAACCAAAUCUGUGUAUCGAAAUGGGAAAAAAAGGCUCCUCAAUAAAAUUUAAUGCUCACUAAAAUGCUGUUGUGUCCUUGUCCAAAGAAAGAUUGGUACUUCCUGUUUCAAACACUGAAAACUGGGUUCAUGGACGACUUGCAGCAACUCUGCAG